UGUCGAAAGUUGUCAUUUUCGACAUGUCGUCGGAACUCGAGUUCAAGUUUCACCCGAUUAGGAGCAAAUCUAAUAAGUUUACAAUUCUCACCUUCCAGCAGCAUGUCCCAAUCGCAAGAAAAACCACCAUCGGUCAUUCCCAGCGCUGAAGUCAAGCAAUGGCUAACGGAACUCGCCAACCGGGCCGAGCCCGCGAAGCAAGCCGCGACAUCGACCCACCUGCUUACCCUUCUCCGCCCACCCUCCUAUCGCCCCGUCGUCGCAGACGACUUGACAAUCGCCAAGCCCGAGAAAAUGAAGAUCUUACUGCUCCUACGGUCCGAUCUUCAUUCCGCGGACAUCGUCGAAGCCGGCAUCUUGCUCAUCCUCACCUUCAUCCGCAAUGGCAGCGGCAGCGACAGCCCGCUAGCCGCCACCGCGCGCCGCAAUACACUGCUCGACGCCUACGCCCGCUUAGUAGCCCUGUCCAUAGACAUCACCCUCCCCAGCGGACCACUAACUGCCGUCAUGCGCUUCUGCGCCGACUGGGCUUCCGCGGCCGGUAAAGAAGGACAUCAGGUGUUUUGCGAACCCGGGGAGGACACGCAAGCGACGCCGCUCCGCUCAUGCACGACAAUUUUGACCCGCCAGUUUGCGCGCUCGAUGGGCCCGCGGUAUUAUGCCAUUGAGGCGCUGCUAGCAGUUGCGAGAGUCAAGGAGGUCCGGCCGGUGUUGGUGGAUGCGAGUGUGUUGCAGAUUAUGGCGGAUGUGGUUGGGGAGAUAUGUUGUGAUGGGUGUGUGGCGGGUACGGAGGACGAUGAGAGGGAGAUUUAUUUGCCAGGGUUGUUUAGAAUAGCGGUGAUGUUGUUGAGGAAGUUAAGUGCGCAUUCAGAGGAGGGGAGGAAGUACCUGGAUCAACGAGAGACGUGGAAGAGCGUGCUUUGGCUGAUACGGCGACCUGCACUUCUUGACGUGCAGUUAGAGGCCCUGCAUCUUUACUCCAGCCUAGCCAUGUCACCCUCACCAGGCCCCCACGAGGCGAUAGGAGACAUCAUUUACCUCAUCGAGAACAGCACAUCAACUCCGCCCCUGGAAGCCGCUCUUCGAUGUUUACGAAACAUCCUCGUCCGCGGCGGAGACCACGCCGCCAAAAAGGUAAUGAAACACAAAGGACUCGCCGCUCACAAUCCGCAUGUCCGAUCGCCCGACCCACAUAUCCAACUACACUCACUCAUUUGCUUGACGAUGCUCUCCUUCCUGCCAACCUCGCGGGCCGAGAUCGCAAAGGACAACCUAAGCAUUUUACUCCAACUCCUAGCCUCCGAAGAAGCGUCUCUAUCCUCCCAAACCCACUACGCCCUCUCAAUCCUCACCAACCUCGCCCUCACCGACCGCCUUGCGCAAGACAUCGCUUUGAAAGGCAUCCCAACUCUCUUCACCAACAUCUUCCGCAUCUUCUUCGCUGAUCCACGCGAUGUCACCGCCUUACGCCUUCUCAGCAACCUCUGCAUCGACAACGCAUCAUGUAUCACCAUCACCUCCCUCGGCGGGGCCCACUUCCUCGACACAUUAUGCGGGACACCCUCAACCGCCGUGCGCGAGCAUAUGGUCGGGAUCGUCCGCAAUCUCGUCCAACAAAGCACGUUCUGUAAUAACACGUACUGGGAAGCUAGCGGGUUCAUCGAGGAGGUGAUUGUGGACGUUACCGCAUCCGAUGCCGAUCUCCAACGGCAUUCCGUCGAGAUCCUGUGGGCGUUCAUUGAGGAAGAUAAAGCCAGGGUGCCCGUGUUGGCUGGGAUGGAUGCGAUGAACGCUCUCCUGUUACCGAUGGAAAAAGGCGGGAAGGUUGGUGAGCUGGCGACGAAAUGUUUUGCGUUGAUGGAGAUGGCGACGGUUAAGUCGGAUAUUUGGGAGAGGAUUUUGGCGGAGUGGCGGGCGGAGGAUGAGGAGAGGGGAAGGCAGAUUGAGGUUGCAAAACGGGCGUCGAAGGGAAGGGUGAAGAGGCAGGCGAUGGGUGGGAGGGUUUCAUCUCGGUCGGGGAAGGCGAAAUCCCCGAAAGCUGCACGAAAAUCCGCGACUGACGGCAAAGCAGGGAUUGGAGGUCAUGGCAAUCGUAGAAGCGUCAGAUUUGAGUAGAUUUUGCCAUAGAAAGUUCGGUGCCUGUUUAUGUAUAUGCGUAUCGAGUGUAUUGUGUAGCGCAGGUUGUUGUGCAAGAGCACUUGCUUUGAUUGGUCUCC